UCGGCUGUUUUUUGAAUUAAACAACGUGACUUGAUUUUUUGGUAUCUCUGAUUGCCAUUCAUUUUCUUAGCAAAAAUCUUUUCAUUUCGAUCGAAUACGAUCCAAAUGGAAGCUAUGUGCGAGGAUUUUCUCGCAUUUGAGGAUGUACUCAAAAAUCUUCGCAAAUUAGAUGAUAACAUUGUACACAGCCUUAAUACGACCAUACCGACACAAUCGUUCGCUGUGAAAGGAAUCGAUCCGACCAAACAAUGCCAGGAAUUAUACAAACAGCUCAUGGAAUUACAUACAAAUCGUGAACAAGCAAUCAAAAAUUGUAUCAUUCGAGUAUCAGAAUCCGUACAUCAACUAAAACGACGCCGUGAUGAAAAUGAAGCCGAUUUUCAGGUACAAAAACAAUUACGUAAAGAACAAAAUAAACUUCGAAUGAUGCAAAAUGAAUUACAUGUGGAAGAAGUGGUCCGUGACCGAAGCCUUAAGUUUUUCCAUGAAAGAUGUCGGGCAUAUUAUCGACCAGCGACUAGUACGCCUCCCAUAUGAUUAUGAUCAUUGUUGAAGAAUGCUGGCUACAAAUUUUUUUUUAUUUCAAUUUUGAUAUCAUCCAAGUAACA